AUGGAUAUUCUGAAGAAGGUCAUCACUAAGAAGGCUGACGUUUUCGUCCAAAAUCUUCGUCCUGGGGAUGCAGCCAAGAUGGGUCUUGGGUAUGAGAACGUCAAAAAACUGAUGAAUGAAGCUUACCCAGGGGAGAAUCGAGGUGACAAGUUGAUCUAUGCAAGCAUCUCCGGCUACGGAAAUCAGGGCCCAUAUACCCACAAGAAGGCCUACGACUUGCUCAUCCAGGCUGAAGCUGGACUCCUCAACAUCACAGGCACCGAGGAGCAAAUGGCCAAAGUCGGAUGCUCGAUAGCUGACAUCUCGGCGGGAAUGUAUGCUUACAGCUGCAUCAUGGCUGCGGUGUUACAGCGACAGAAAACUGGAAAGGGAUGUGAGAUUGAUGUCUCCAUGCUAGAAAGCUUGGUAGAAUGGAUGAAUUUUCCAUUGUACUACGCUUACGAGGGACAACCACGCGUGAAACGUGCCGGAGCCAGCCACGCGAGUAUCUACCCAUAUGGGCCAUUUGGCACAGGUGGAAACGGGAAAGUCAUGCUUGGUGUUCAAAAUGAGCGAGAGUGGAAGACGUUGGCGACAAAAGUCCUCAAGAGAGAAGACCUGACUACCAAUCCAAAAUUUCAAGACACGGCGUCUCGCAGUGAAAACCGCGAUGAGCUCGAGGCAAUCAUCACGGGAAUCUUUCAGGAACAUUCGGCGGACGAGGUCACUCAGUUACUGGAAGAAGCAGGCAUCGCCAAUGCCAAGGUCAAUGAUAUGCAGGAUGUUUGGGAUCAUCCACAGCUCCAGGCCAGGAACAGGUUAAGAGAAGUCGACAGUGAAGUCGGAAAGAUCAAGGCCUUCCUCCCUCCAGGCUUCAGUGCGGAUGUGGAGGCGAGGAUGGAGAGGAUCCCGAAGAUUGGGGAGGACAAUGAAACCAUCCUGAGAGAGUUGGGCAUCGAGUCUUGA